UGCCAGCUCGUUACUCGUCGACCCGUUCAAUCUUCGCCCGCGUAAGCGCGAGAAAUGUCGCGGCGAUUGGCAAAGUGCGCGAAACCGUGUCCGCGUCCCGUCCCCGCCUCGCGAUAACAUCCGUCCCGCCGUCGUCACGCACGGCCCGAUCGGCCCGGCCGGCCGCGCUAUCGCCGCGUAGCCGCUCGUUUUCCCCAGCCGCAAUUUUCACACGCGACGGCGGUGCACUGUGGGCCAGCAAUGGUGGGCGCGUGAUUUUGAACAAUUCGACCUAUCGAAGGAACGCGCAGGUCUUACCAUGUCUGCAAAUAAAGGGCAGAACGCGAGGGCACUGGUGGAGCCGCUGGCUCUGGACUCGCGCACCCUGGGCGACAACGAUCUCAGCGCGCUGAGCCUGUCCCACGGCGGCGAGCAGUACACGUCCAACGACUUCGAGGAGUUCGCCAACAUUCAGGCGGAGCUGGAGUGCAUGAACUCCGAGGGGGUGAUGGACGACGAGCGUAUGAUCGAGCGGAACGUUGAGACUGAUACGAUAGUACCUGAUGUCGAGAUGACCGAGAUCGCCGAGCGGGUGCAGACGGUACAGGCCGAGCACGUUUACACAAUGGCGAGUCAGAACAGCCAGAACAUCGUGUUCCAGACCAAGCCGACCCUGCAGCGGGUGCCGGUGUCGACGGUCCAAAUGAAGCCGAGCGUCCAGACCACGCAGAGCCAGUCGAUCAUGAUUGUGUCUCCCGCGAGCGGACAGGGCACCAGCCAAAUCCUCAAGAUAUCCCACCCGCCGACGGCCUCCGCCGAGCAGCUGCAGUCCCUAGCCCAGACUCUGAUCACCGGCAAGUCCGCGGACGGUAGCAUGGUUCAGCUGAGGACCACUCAGCCCGCCAAGUCCGUCGCGACGACCAACGCCUCCGGGAAUAUCACCAUCAGUAAUAUGAACGUCAAGAUCUCGCAGCCGCCGGUGAAACGGACAACGCAGACCGUAUCGCAAGGGCGCAAUGUGUACACGAAGAUGAUAUUGACUGGAAAUCAGCCGCAGUCUGGUACUCAGCAGGUUCUCAUUACGAGCUCGCAAAGCGAGAACCAGCCGACUCAGGGGAUCAAAUUCCUCAACAAUACCUCGUCUAAUUACGGCAACCCGGCGAAAAACAUCACAUUGGCACAGAUGGGUAUACUCUCCAACAAGCAGCACAUUUUGCCGUCAUCCUCGCCGAAGCAGGGUAUGAUACUCAACAAAUUGCUGCAAUCGUCAACGUCUCAGCCAUCGAAAGUAACCAUAGUGCCGGCGAAUACAGCAAAAUCACCCACGAAGAUUCUGCCUGCGCCGACCAUGAGUCUUCAGGCCAAGUCCUCGACGACGAAUCAGCAGCCCAUAUUCGUUACGGCCAAAUCAUCCACGCAGCAAAAUCCGCAGAAAGUCAUCAUCAGACAGGGUUCUCUGAAACCUGGCAACGUACUUGGAAGUGGACAAGUCAUUAGAAUACCUGCUAACCAGAACAUUGUGACCGGAUCGAAUCAAGUCCAUCAAAUUCAGAUGUCCGGAAGACAAGUGCAAUAUGUGAGAUUAGUUAGUACCCCUUCGACAGGAUCUACCAAUGUCGUUACCGUCGGCAAAUCAAAGGCCAGCACAACACUUCAGACUGUAGGCAUCGGUCAGAAAAUAGGAAAUCAACAACAAAUUGUGAAGGUUGUGCCGCUGAAUACCGGAAGUCAGUCUUUGAGAACUGUUGCGCCGAAGGUAACGCUGACGAGCGGCGGCCAAAAGUUGAUCAUACCUGCGACGGCUACUGCCACAGCAACUGUCGGCGGUCAGUCGAAGAAUGCGGUGGCAAUCCCUGCGUCGGCGUUGAGCCAAUUAGCAUCGGGACAGGCGGUUCUGUCGACCAGUCCGAAUGUUGGAAACAUCGUUGUUUUACCUGCUCAAUAUAUCCAACAACAGUCGACAGAUGAGACAAAAUUGAAAUCCCACCAAACAACGCCAGGUCUCUUAGGAAGUUCACAAAGUUCUACAGCGACUUUUUGCGUGAUUGAUGGAAAGAAUUCCCAAAGAGGCGUUUAUGGCAACGUGGAGCCGAACGGCAUUAGGCCAAGAAAACCAUGUAACUGCACCAAGUCCCAGUGUCUUAAGCUUUAUUGCGAUUGCUUUGCAAACGGUGAAUUUUGUCACAUGUGCAAUUGCAAUAAUUGCUCAAACAAUCUUGGAAACGAGGAAGAGCGACAGCGCGCAAUUAAAUCCUGUUUGGAGCGCAAUCCUAAUGCCUUUCGACCUAAAAUCGGGAAAGGCCGUGAGACUGGCGAGGAUAUAAGGAGACAUAACAAAGGUUGCAAUUGCAAACGUAGCGGUUGCCUUAAAAAUUAUUGCGAAUGUUACGAGGCAAAAAUUCCGUGCUCUGGAAAUUGUAAGUGUAUAGGUUGUCGCAAUAUUGUGGAUCCAAUUUUACAGAAGAAAUCUCUAAAGGACCUGGUGGAAGCAGCCGAAGUCAAAACGACUCAGCUUAGUCUAAAUAAGGCGCAGCUACAGUUGUCCGAGAUGGCGUUUAGACCUCCUGCAACAUCCAACACUGGCACAAGACAACCAUUCAAUUUUCUGACGGAGAAGGUAGUAGAGAUAACAUGCCAAUGCUUAAUGGCGCAAGCCGACGAGGCGGAACGCAAUAUGUUUGACGACGAGACAUCGCAGCGUCUCAUCAUCGAGGAGUUCGGCCGAUGCUUGCAAGAGAUCAUCGAGUCGGCGCACAAAGCUGAAGCUACUUAGCAGGUGCACUUGCGAUAUUCGCAUAUAUAUUGUAUAAUUUUCAUUUGUCAUUAUUGAUUAUGAGAUUGGAAUAUAAAUAAAGAUAGUAUAAUGUGUGUUGGUACCAAAGACGUUAUAUCACACAAGAUGCGAGAGGUCUUGAGAACUUUUUGAACUCAAACACAUUAUUCUUUAAGCGCCUUUUAAAGCGAGUCUGCGACGAAUAACUCCGCGCGUGAAUUUGCUUCCGAGUAAUAUAUGGGAAUGAUAUAAGCUAUAAAGGAGCGAGUCGCUCUCACUUUUGGACUAAGAACAAAAAUGACAAUUUUAUAAUUUAUACAUCGGUGUAAGGUGUUUUUGCUGUGCUUUAAAAAUUAAUAAUCCGUUGACUUUUUAAUUUCAAAUAAAGUAAAAGAUUUGUCGAUUUGCUGACAAAUGAGGGUUCUUUUAAUUUUAAACCUUUCUUAAACAGAUGUAUGUCACACAUGUUUGUAAACGAGAGGCGAUAGCUCACCUUGCAGUUCAAUUGCUUGAUCAUUACCAUUUAACAAAUUUACAGUGUUCAGAGAGGAUAAAUAUUUCGUGAAUUUAUCUCGUCAAUUUAUCAGUUGUAUUUCAUAUAUUUUUAGAGAUAAAUCGUUAUAUUUGCGAAAUAAUAUAUAUUAGAUGCUAAAAUUAGAAUUAUUAUAGCAGAAAUUUCACCGAUCCAUAUAUACUUUCCUUUAUAGUUUAUUUAAUCGCAAAGAAGAGAAGUGUCUACAAUGCUUUAAAUCACAGUUGUUACAUAAUAUCUUAACUAACAAUAGUACAAAUAUAUAAUUUUCUUGUGUGUCUCAGAACAUACAUAAAACAAUAAUAUUAGUAAUGUUAAUACGUCAACAUUAUUAAUAUGACAUAACAACUGCGACUGUAGCUAUAUAGUAUUUCUCUUCUUCUAAUUGUAUAUUAAAAAGUCUUUAUAUAUUAUUUUCCACCGUAUAUCCUUAUUUAAUUGUGAAUAUUAUUAGGUGUCUUAACAGCACUAUAGGUAUCGAAUAAAGCUCUACUUUCAGUAAAAGGUACUUGAUAUUACAUACGAAAAAUUAUGUUAUUCGUUAAUACUCUUAAAACUUAAUUCAUUCUUAGUUUUCAAUAGCUUGUAACUUAAGUUUAUUGACGGCUCGAUUGUCGAUCGAAACAAACGACGCCAUUUAUUUAGACUAUAAGAGAAAAUAUACGAUGUUUGAAGCACCCUGUGUUACAUACAAGUGUUUAUAUAUACACAUAUACAUCCACGUAUAUGUAUAUGUAUAUAUAUAAUACGCACACACGUCUAUUUCUCCAAUAAAAAUUCCACGAUCGAAAGUGCAGCUGCAGUUUAUAUAGUUAUAUUUAUAUUUCACAUUAUAUUAUAUGCAUUGCGAUUAAAAUGUACAGUACGUCAAAAUCGCCUCUGUUGAUUCGUCUGCGUCCACCAGGAAUAUUACUAUUUAAAUUCUGCUCUGAUAACUUGAGAAACGAUUUAUUACUCUUUAAUCGUUUUUUCCCCCCCUCCCCACUUCUCUCUUGAUGUUCAAUAUUUACAUAAGAAUAUUUUAACACGUUACGAUCCGCGUAACCUUAAGUUACUGGCAAUAUACUAAUGAUAAUGAGUCUGUUGGUAGAUUACAAAAUGUUAAUCCUCGAAAUAUCAAAUUAGGGAGUAAGAGAUUUUUAAUUAUAUGUAAUAUUUUUCCUAUAUGCGCACGUGUGGCGUAUAUAAUGUAAGAUGUAUCGCAAAGAAGUCUUGUUAUUAAAAGCUAUAGUAUUAACAA